AUGGCCGACAACACAAUGUUCGUUCCUGUACACAAGAAGAACACGGACUCGCCGCAGGUUAGAGACGACGAGAAAGAACUCGUCGAUUCCAUCCUCCAAGACACGGAGGACCUGGGCCACCGGCUGCUAUCCAUGUCACAAUAUCUUUGGAUUUCCCAUGCCCGCAUCUCCUUGUACACGACCGAUGAGCUGGUUACCACAACAUCCAGAUUAAAGAAAAUCUCCAAGGAUUUCUACAAGGCUACCGAGGAGGCGGCAGAGGAGAAGAGGAAGGAAGAUAAGGAGAGGGAUAGGAUGAGGAACAAGGAUGCAGAGAGGGAUCAGAUGAUGCUGACCCACGAAUUCUUGCGUCUCUCCUCCAGUGUCCUGGCUAGACCCAACCUUUACAAGAAUGAGUUGGCGAUGAUGUUUACGGUGGAGGAUGAGGAAGAGUAUGAGAGGGUGGAGCACGCUGCUGACGAGCAGGAAACGAAAUCACAAACGGACCAACUCAAAGAGUGGAUGGAUGAUGAGCUGGAAUGUUUCGCAGGCCACCGUAGCACCUGGGAACGCUCUAGUGGCAGCAAGUCCGGACGGUGCGGCGGCUUCGAAGAUAAAACCACAUUGAGUCCUAUGCAGUUUACGCACUGCAUACCCGGUAUCAUCCCGCCCCGUGCCGCUGUCACUGGGAGCACAUUGCAGAUCUACUCCUUCAAAAUUGUUGAACUUAGUGAUGACCUCAAAUGGCCACUCAGGGUGUAUGGUGUGGUCGCUGCCCGAGACACCGUGGACCGCAACCGCAACCUUCUCUUCGCUCGGUCAAGGAUUAGGUGCCAAGUACUCACUCAAGAUGACUCUUAUCUGCGCUUGACUGGCCCUUCUCGUGCAAUUCUAGCUGUGGACUAUGUUGACUUUGAAGUCGAACUAAAAGUACAUGAUGGAGAUGAUGAGCUCAAAGAUACACAGUUGAUGUGUGCCGUCAACCGUUAUGAUGGCAAACGUUAUGAUGAAGCAGAUGACAACGGUGAGCACCGACCUUUACCGUUCGAUAGUCCCUUCUGUAGAGCAGAGUUGAGGUUUGAGAGGCUUCUUACAACGGUUCAAGCCACUAUUUUAUCCAUUCGUUUUAUUGGAGAGGAGUUUCCUUUCAAAUUCGGUGGCCAGGUUGCCUGUGUUAUUGAUGGCACACGUGAGAAGGUUGUUUUGUUUCAUUCCAUUGAAGAACGUGAAGUAGAUCUAGAUGGUUAUGUUCCUUUGUCAAGGAAUGUCGUUUCGGUAGAUAUUAGAGGAGGGUUGGAUGUUGUGGUAGAAGCCUACGGGCGUUCUGGCUCUACAUCUGGUCAUUUCUACUUCCCUUCCAAGUAUUGCAACACAAGUCAGGGUAGAUUUUCCGUCUGUGGUUCUGAGGUGGAGAUUACCGUUGCUUGGUCCCGGCUUGUGGGGGACAAGAUGGCGAUGUUGAUUGAGGGAUACACUACUCAGGUGCUAUCUGCGAUCAGGGGCCAAGGCGGUUGCUGA